AUGGAAAAUAAACUUCAAGCAAAAGAUGAAGUCAUUGAAGCAAAAGACAAAAGCAUUCAGAAAAGAAUACCACGUUCGGUACCAAAAGGAAAGGAAAAGAACUAUAAGUAUAUGAUUUAUACUGAAGAGAUGGAAAAUGAAGAAGACAGAGAUAUGGUUAUGUUGCAUUUAGUCAGAAGAAACAACAAAAGCUUUUACGACCUUGCUAAGAUUUACAAAUCUGACAGAAACUGGUUCUAUCGUGAAAACUUACCGAUUUCAAUGACCCCAAAUGAGCAAAUAAAGGAAAUUGUCAAAAAUACUCUUCCUCAAACACACUAUGAUAUUAAAGGUUGUACAAUUCUUACCUUCAAAGAAGACUUACCGCUACUGAAGGAAAAGAUAACAGAAUAUUUCGACAACUUCAAAGAGGAAGAAUAA